AGAGAGUGACGCGCGUGCGCUGAACUUUCCGGGAGUCUUUAGUUCUGAGAGGUUUAACUCGGUCCGAGUUCGGUUCUGGGAUUAAAGACCGAGACUAAACCCGCUGGACCAGGGGAAGGGCGACUGUGCGCGCGCGAGAGAGAGCGGAGUCCGGCGGCGGCGCGAGGCUGAGAGAGAGAGAGAGAGAUGGACGCGUCUCACCUGAGCGAAGACGAAAUGGCCGAAGUGAAAAAGGAAGUGCUGGAGAGGCUGCGGCCGUACCUGGUGGAUAAGCUGAUCGCAGAGCGGCAUUUCGAUUACCUGCGCUCCAAGAAGAUCCUGACGCGCGAGGACACCGAGGAGAUCAGCUGCAGGAGCACACGGGGCAAACGCGCCGGGAAGCUGCUGGACCUGCUGGCCGAAAACCCCCGAGGCCUGGACACCCUCAUCGAGUCCAUCCAGCGCUGCAGGACCCUCAACUUCAUCAUCAUCAAGAUCACAGACGAGGUGCAGCGCGUGAAGAACGAGAAGCUGGAGGCUCUGAAAGCAGCAGGUGUGUCCAGCUCAGGUUACUCGACCUCGAAGUGCACGUCUGGAGCCUCUAAUGACCUUUCGAAGACUGACCUCUACGACUACGACAAGUGUUCGACCAUGUGCCUCCACCCUGAUGGGGAGGGAAGCCCCGCCUCCUCCGUGACGAGCAGCUCGUUGAACCUGCGCUGCAUUCCCAGUCACGGUAGGGGACGCAGCCCGCUGUCGGUCGGCACCACUGCAGCCAGUCUGAACGUCUCCUCCACGUCAUCCUGCCUUCCUAAACCUGGUGACCCUGGAGCCCCGCCCCUUCCUGAUGAGCUUGAGGCGGAGGGUCAGGAUAUGGACGCUGGGGCCUGCGGGAGCACAGGAAGUAGUGGGGAUGCCAACUUCCAGCCACUACGCUCCCGUUCCCUGACCCCUUCGGUCGGUAACACGCUUUAAGGGUUCAGAACGUCAGGACGCCUUGCAAAUAUAAACGUGACUGUGAUUAACCAGUGUGGUUACAGUGGGACAUAAAAUUAGGUAAGAAUAGCUCCUUAAGAAAGCUGUAAUUAAUAAUCAACUCCAGUUAUUGAGCUGUUAGUGUUGAGGGUAAAGGUGGUGGUGUUCCUCAGGGCUCAAUGUGAGGACCGUCUCCUGUUUUGAGAAAAAAAAAGCACCAAAUUGACUCCAUGUGGAAUAUUUCAGCUAUCAUGCUCCUUAAGUUAAGUCAUAUGUAUGAUAUGCCAAGAAUGUCUACACACUGACAUAUUUACUGUGAGCAUCAGGAAAUUAUUCAGUUACUGCUGUAGAAAAUACAACUAUACAGAAAGUUGCACAUACAGACCAGUACUGAACGUCCGGAAAGGUAAUUAAAAUAUAUUAGCAGUUUCAGUAUGUCAUAUGAAUAAGAAUGCAUAUUGACAAAUGUAUAGGACUGGAGUCAGAAACAGAGUUUGUCACACUGGCGGAUCUUCUGAGGCGUUUUCAGUCUUGAGGGUACACUAGUUAGGAUUUUCUUAUGAAUAUACAUUUGAAUACUGUAUAAAGGAAAAGUUAGUGUAUAAGGUUUGUGAUAUUGUAGCAUCUGUUGUUGGGUCUGUAACGGCUUGUCAAACAUUGCGAACUGGUGCUUCUCAUAGAAUUUAUCCAAAUGUGUUGCCGUCAACUGUUUUUUAUUUUUUAGUGUUCUUCGUAUGCGGGUGGCUUGUUGCUGUAUUUGACUGAAGAUGUUUAUUUUGAUGAUGCUGUAGAAAUUGGUUCAUCAGUUCAUCGUAAAAAUGCAAAAUCACACUUCAGAUUAGCAAAAGUGAGAUUUUACAAUAAUUCAAACCCCGAACGUCUGUUCAGCUUUUCACAGUCCAGGGCAGGUGACAGUAAAAUACUCAGUGUUCAGAUCACAGAUUUGAACACAGGGGGCGCCACUGGUUCUGUCAGCGCUGUAAUUCCUGGAAGGUGGUGGAACAGGAUGCCUUACAGUCAUUAUCUACAGUAAUCAGGGUAUUUAUCAGUACAGGGCUUUUGCAGAGCUCACUGCUCACACGCCCUGUUUACACCUGAGUCACCGGAAACACUGAGCUCAUUAGUAAUACUGAAAUACAAAGAUCAUAUCGUCACAUUAUUGAGAGGAAGAUAAAUAACCUCUUGGUAAAGGGGGGGUUGGGGCAGGGUUAUACUCUCCUGUCUGUAAUGCCUGUCCUGUAUCUCCUGCUUUACUGUGUGUCUUGUGGGGGUUUACCUGAGUAUGAGUAUCUGAGUAUCUCUAAACUCCGAGGAACUGACGGCUGAAAACUGAAAUAUUGCUGAUAAACACACAGACCACACAAAUAAACACACAGACCACACAAAUACACAGCUAUUCAUCAUUUAUUUUUAUUAUCGUUUAUAUUCAUACAUGUGGAUAUGCUGGUCUAUGUUAUUUUUAAAUGUAUGUAUAUGUAAUGAUUAUGUAAUGUUUUCAUUAAUUGAUGUUGAUAAACCAUAAAGUUUCAUAAAUUGA